AUUCCUAUUCCAACGACUACGACUGCGACUUAUUCCUGCGACAGACCAAUCAGAAAAUAGCAGAAGUGUUAUGAGAAGACAGUGUCAUGUAACGCGCACAUCGACGCGAGUAAAAUCAAGUACAACAGUAAAAAAUGGAUUUGAACGAAUACGACAUAGAAAUACCAAACGAACAAGUGGGAUCAAUUAUAUCCAAUGAAAAUUCUUCAAAUGAAGUUCCAACAACUACGUUGGAAAGUAUUUAUGAUUAUGAAGAUAAAGUACAAGAGGACUUAGAUUUGAUUGCACUCGUUGAAGGCAAUCCUAAACUUUACGCAAAAAGAAAGGCAGGUUACCGAAAUACACAAGAAAAAGAUAUGGCAUGGAUUACUAUUGGUAAAGCUAUGAAAUAUGCAAUAAGUGGAACAUAGGCAAAACACAGAUGAGAAACAUUGCGGAAUCUGUAUGGUCGCGCAAGGCGAGAAAUAAUGGUGCUUAUGAAACGGCAAGAAUUGUCAGGUUCAGGGAGAGAUGAUGUUUCUUAUAAAAAUCUGUUGUCACCACAAAGCAAAGCUAUUCAUCGUUUUAUGUCUCGUCUGUAUAUCCCACGAAAGACAGUCUCUAAUUAUACCAAUCCAUCAUCUACAUCAUCCUCUUCACCGUCUUUUGCUUGUGAAAGCAAAUGUAGGCUUCCCUCCAGCUCAUCGUUGGUGAAGCAACUUUCACAAUCUAUACUCUCAGCACCACGAGCAUUAACUAGACAAUCACCUAAAGAUUCACCGAUACAUUCGUUUCUUUGGAAUCAAGAAGUUGAGAACAUUUCUGAAAUGCCUGCAUCAGAUAUGAAAAAAAGGAAGAAGACAGAUCUUGAAGAAGAAUCGUUAAUUAAACAAUCAUCACAGGCUAUUGCUACAGCUUGCUCGGCUUUGCCAAUAUUGCUGAAUAGAACAACUUCUAAGGUAGAGACAGAAGAGGAUAAAGAUAUGAUAACAGUCCUGUUAUACGGAUUUAAACGUGUCCCUGUGCAACAGAAAACGAAAUGCAUGAUCAAGUUAUUGGAGACAUUGGAAUCAUUUAACAAAACUGAAUGAAAGACUGCAUAGUUAUUGUUGACCAAGAUAUGAGAGCUGCUUUUACCGUCGCUGUGAUUUACUUGUCAUUAGUUUUUUAGGACGCAAAUUUUAACUAUUAUUAGAAACUUUUUAAAGAAAUUUCUCCAUUGUUAUUAGAAACGCCAUGUUUUUCGAAAAAUUUGUUUUGCUUUCAUGUUAUUUAUUAGUUGCAAAGAAAAAUUUUGAUGAAUUUAUGUCAACUACUAGUCCUAGGUUGUUACAGAAACUGUUACGUAUAAAAUAUGUAUCACAACAU